GACAUGUGAGCGGCGCGCCGGCGGCAGGUGGAAAGGCGAGCGGCAUGGAGCGCGUAAUAAGAGAGUUGGAGUCGGAAAGAGCCGCCCCAGUCGCCGGGGAAGCGGGCGGUCAGUACGGGCUCCCGCGGCCCCGAGGCUCCGAGCGACCGCCUCCGGACCCUGUGCGGACCCAGCCCGGUCCCUAGCCCCCGCCGCCUGCGUGCGCGCCCAGGGUCGCCUCGCCGGCCCGGGGUUCGAGCCAUGAGCCUCUGAGCCGCCCGAGUGCGCCCCCGCCCCGCAACGCCCCGGCCCCCUGCCCAGCGCCGCCCAUGGCCGAGGCCCCCCCGCGCCGCCUCGGCCUGGGCCCCCCGCCCGGGGACGCCCCCCGCGCGGAGUUGGUGGCGCUCACGGCCGUGCAGAGUGAACAGGGCGAGGCGGGCGGGGGCGGCUCUCCGCGUCGCCUCGGCCUUCUGGGCAGCCCCCUGCCGCCGGGCGCGCCCCUCCCUGGGCCGGGCUCCGGCUCGGGCUCCGCCUGCGGCCAGCGCUCCUCCGCCGCGCAGAAGCGCUACCGCCGCCUGCAGAACUGGGUCUACAACGUGCUGGAGCGGCCCCGCGGGUGGGCCUUCGUCUACCACGUCUUCAUAUUUUUGCUAGUCUUCAGCUGCCUGGUGCUGUCUGUGCUGUCCACCAUCCAGGAGCACCAGGAACUUGCCAACGAGUGUCUCCUUAUCUUGGAAUUUGUGAUGAUCGUGGUCUUUGGCUUGGAGUAUAUAAUCCGCGUCUGGUCGGCCGGAUGCUGUUGUCGUUACAGAGGAUGGCAGGGCCGCUUCCGCUUCGCCAGGAAACCCUUCUGUGUCAUCGACUUCAUCGUGUUCGUGGCCUCCGUGGCUGUGAUUGCGGCAGGCACACAGGGCAACAUCUUUGCUACAUCCGCGUUGCGCAGUAUGCGCUUCCUGCAGAUCCUGCGCAUGGUGCGUAUGGACCGCCGCGGCGGCACCUGGAAGCUGUUGGGGUCGGUGGUCUAUGCGCACAGUAAGGAGCUGAUCACCGCCUGGUACAUCGGGUUCCUGGUGCUCAUCUUCGCCUCUUUCCUCGUCUACCUGGCUGAGAAGGAUGCCAACUCUGACUUCUCCUCCUAUGCCGACUCGCUCUGGUGGGGGACGAUUACACUGACGACCAUUGGCUAUGGUGACAAGACGCCACAUACAUGGCUGGGCAGGGUUCUGGCUGCUGGCUUCGCCUUACUGGGCAUCUCCUUCUUUGCCCUGCCUGCCGGCAUCCUGGGCUCUGGCUUUGCUCUGAAGGUCCAGGAGCAGCACAGGCAGAAGCACUUUGAGAAGCGGAGGAUGCCAGCAGCUAAUCUCAUCCAGGCUGCAUGGCGCCUGUACUCCACUGACACAAGCCGGGCCUACUUGACAGCCACCUGGUAUUACUAUGACAGUAUUCUCCCGUCUUUCAGAGAGCUGGCCCUCUUGUUUGAGCACAUACAACGGGCCCGCAAUGGGGGCCUACGGCCCCUGGAGGUGAGGCGGGCGCCAGUACCUGAUGGAGCGCCCUCUCGCUACCCGCCCGUUGCCACCUGCCACCGGCCAGGCAGUGCCUCCUUCUGCCCUGGGGAAAGCAGCCGGAUGGGCAUCAAAGACAGAAUUCGAAUGAGCAGCUCCCAGAAGCGGACAGGUCCCUCCAAGCAGCAUCUGGCACCUGCACCGAUUCCCACCUCACCAAGCAGUGAGCAGGUGGGUGAGGCGUCCAGUCCCAGCAAGGUGCAGAAAAGCUGGAGCUUCAAUGACCGCACCCGCUUCCGAGCCUCUCUAAGACUCAAGCCCCGCUGUUCAGCUGAGGAGGGCCCCUCGGAGGAAGUAUCUGAGGAGAAGAGCUACCAGUGUGAGCUCACGGUGGAUGAUGUCAUGCCUGCUGUGAAGACGGUCAUCCGUUCUGUCAGGAUUCUGAAGUUCCUGGUAGCCAAAAGGAAAUUCAAGGAGACCCUGCGGCCAUACGAUGUGAAGGAUGUCAUCGAGCAGUAUUCAGCAGGACACCUGGACAUGCUGGGGCGAAUCAAGAGCCUGCAAGCUCGGGUGGACCAAAUUGUGGGUCGAGGGCCCGGGGACCGCAAGACUCGGGAGAAGGGCGAUAAGGGUCCUUCAGACACGGAGCCAGUGGAUGAAAUCAGCAUGAUGGGGCGCGUCGUCAAGGUGGAAAAGCAGGUGCAAUCCAUCGAGCACAAGCUGGAUCUGCUGCUGGGCUUCUACUCGCGCUGCCUACGCUCUGGCACCUCGGCCAGCCUGGGCACCGUGCAAGUGCCGCUCUUCGACCCGGACAUCACCUCGGACUACCACAGUCCUGUGGAUCACGAGGACAUCUCUGUCUCGGCACAGACGCUCAGCAUCUCUCGCUCAGUCAGCACCAACAUGGACUGAAGGACUUCUCAGGGGCGGGGCAGCCUUCGGUUUGCCCUUCGGACUCACCCCGGGGCCUCUGGACUCCUCUCUUACUUGAACUCGCUCCCUGGCAGGGAGAGAGGCCAUACACAGUAUUGAGCUGUCUGGGUGGGCGAGAUACCCAAUGCCAGGUACCAGCGCCCCAGGAGCAUGAAAUGCCAGGCCAUGUGGUGGGCCACAGCAAUGGCUGACCGGAGGCCUCUGGGCGCUCCCGGACCCUGCCCGCUCCACCAAGGCUCAAUGUGGCCCGCCUGGCAGGGGCACUGCCCUGGGAAUGGGAGCAGAGCGCUGGGGCCCUGGUCCCUGACCCAGCUUCUAGCUAUGCAAGGUGAGGUCUCCAGGCCCGCCCUUCCAGGCAGAGCAGGGAAGCCCUCCUGCCAAGCCCCGCCCCAUCCGGGGAUGGGCCCAAGGUGCCCCCACAGGUGCCCACAAAGCACAGGACUCUGCCAUAAGGCAGAUGGGCAUCAUAUAUGCAAACUAUGUUAAAUAUGCAACUUUAGGGACCCCUAUGGGGUUCCUCUGCCCCUCCCUCACUGGGAGAUGGGCCCCAGCAGUAGCUGGUCUCAGGCUGCUUGGCCAUACUCCACCUCUAUUCUUUGGCUUAUCAUCCAUCCUCACCCAGCAUGGGGCCUAAACCUCUCUGUCCUCUCCCAAGGGCAGUACUGGGCCUUUCUGCCCCCUUUAUAGGUGUCACCCCAGGGGCUCCCUCUUGCUGCUGGAUGUCCAUUCCCAUUGGCCCUCCAAACAGUUUUGACAGCACAAAUUCCUGUAUUUUCCUCAAAUUUACUAGAGAGUGGCCUACCACCAGGAACCACAAGCAUGGCCCUUCUAUUUCUCCAGCAGAAUGCCGCACACACCGAUGCACACGGCACCACACACACUUGAAGGUGUGAGCACAAAGCCACUUGUUCUCUCCUGGGCAGGAGAGGGUUUAGAGCAUCCACGCGUCUCCCCAGGCCCCGCCUCAGAGUUUGACUUGCUCCCCUCCUCAGACAGGUCCAGGAGUCCUCUAGUUGCCCUAAGGACUACCUUGGUGUCCCUACAGUGUAACUCAGGCCUAGGCCUCGGGGCCUUGCACACUGGAGAGAAUUCAGGCACUUCCUCUUCCUAGUCUCAGCGAGGACACUUGCAUCCAGUGCUAUAGCGACUGGACCUGGCUCUCACCAGCACCGGCCUCUGCCCCACUUUCUCACUUCAAUUGGCAGCGCUGUGUGUCGGCACAAAUGCCCAAACACUGCAGACCCCACCACCAGUUUUAGAUCUCUACCCCUUUGUUCCUCUCCUGCUAAGCUAAUGCAGGUGGCAAGAGAGUCAGGGGUGGGGUUCCAAUGAUAACACUCUGGGGGGGAGGGGGUGCUUGGGAACAAGGGGCUGAGGCCGAACUGUCUGCAAUUCAUACUGGGACCUGCAUGUACCAGUGCCAGGGCUUGGGUUGAAUCCUGCUCAGCCCUAUGGUGCCCAAUCUCUGCCCUACCAUCUGCAUGUACCAUCAAGCCCUGGAUGGAGCCCAUCCUGGCUCACUUCACUUGCGUUGUAUUGCCCCCUGGGGAGCCACUCCACUCCCUCAGAGAUGGAGCUGUACAGAGGGUCUGGAGAAUAAGAUUAUCCUGUGACCAAAGGAGACAUGGGAAGAAGCUCUCCCUCCUUCCACGAUCGAGGUUCCCCCACCAACCCGGUUCUCAGAUAUGCAAGUACCUCACUUUGUUAACUUAUUAACUUAUUGGUUUCAUUAAAGUUUUCAGUAGGAAGUGA